AUGGGGGAGCCUAGGGUAAUCGAGUGCCGACUCCCAGCCAAGAGUAGUGGAGCUCGGAGACGCAGGAUGCAUACUGGCUGCAGGAUGGCUCUGUCCAGGGGGCUGAGGUGCUGCCAGAGAGUGCUGUCCUGGGUGCCCGUGCUCAUUAUUGCCCUGGUGGUGCUGUGGUCUUACUAUGCCUACGUGUGGGAGCUGUGCCUUGGUAAGCUGUCAUGGUGUCAGUGGUACAUUGUCUGUGCUUUCAUUGUGUGAGUGUCUGUCUGUCUGUGCAUAUAUUGUAUGUUAUUGUAUAUUUCACCUGUGUCAAUACAUUGUAUCAGCUGUUAGCUCUGUAAAUGCUGCUGGCUUGGGGACUUGUUUACAUGUUUGAUUACAUGUCAUUGGGAAAGCUAGUAUUUCCUGCUGUGCUCUGAUUUAACAUCCGCAUUUCAGGAUUUAUUUUCCUCCACAGAUAACAAUACAGUAAUGGUUGAUCCUCCCCCUGCUUUUUAAUACAUUUUAUUUUUAUUUAUUUUUUACUCAUUGUUAUGUAUUUUUGGGGGUGUGGGGAGAGGUGUGUUUUUGUUUUCUUUAACCCCUUAAGGACCAAACUUCUGGAAUAAAAGGGAAUCAUGACAUGUCACACAUGUCAUGUGUCCUUAAGGGGUUAAAGGGACACUAUAGUCACCUGAACAACUUUAGCUUAAUGAAGCAGUUUUGGUGUAUAGAACAUGCCCCGGAAGCCUCACUGCUCAAUCCUCUGCCAUUUAGGAGUUAAAUCCCUUUGUUUAUGAACCCUAGUCACAACUCUCUGCAUGUGACUUGCACAGCCUUCCAUAAACACUUCCUGUAAAGAGAGCCCAAUUUAGGCUUUCUUUAUUGCAAGUUCUGUUUAAUUAAGAUUUUCUUAUCCCCUGCUAUGUUAAUAGCUUGCUAGACCCUGCAAGAGCGUCCUGUAUGUGAUUUAAAGUUCAAUUUAGAGCUUGAGAUACAAUUAUUUAAGGUAAAUUACAUCUGUUAAAGUGAAACCAGUUUUUUUUUUUCAUGCAGGCUCUGUCAAUCAUAGCCAGGGGAGGUGUGGCUAGGGCUGCAUAAACAGAAACAAAGUGAUUUAACUCCUAAAUGACAGUGAAUUGAGCAGUCAAAUUGCAGGGGAAUGAGCUAUACACUAAAACUGCUUUAUUUAGCAAAGUUAUUUAGGUGACUAUAGUGUUCCUUUAAAUGUAUCUUUGGAGUCUGGGGUUUUACUGCUGUCAUGCAUACUUUUGCUCAUUUUGAUUUGUGUAUUUCUACACUUUGAUAUUUCUUCCUUUUUAGAGUGUAAGGGCUUUUGGAUUUUAAUAUUGUUUGCCUUUAACGUAACACCCUUUGUAAUAUUAGUACUUUAGAUUAAAACAUAUAAUAUACACUUGCAUGCAAGAACGAGAAAGCGGAAAGCAAAACUCAAUUUGGCACAGGUGUAUUCACAAUUAUGUUAAUUAUACAACUAUUUAUUGUACAUUGGCAUAUCCAUUGGGAGCCAAUGUGUUUGUAUCUGGGGACGUGCAUGUUUUACACGUAUGUUCUCCGUUUAAAUUAGUAGUUUAUCGAGGUAACUUGACAGAUACGCAGAAACAGCAUGAGUGGUCAGAAAUGGGUUAAAGAGACAAAGUAUACAAUUCAAUAAGUAGAUGGCAAAUUUCCGAUUGUACAGGCGUAUUUAAUAGGAGAAAUAAAUACUCUGCAUUAAUAAACAGGUUCUCAGGGAGUGUUAUGGGAAUGUUUUAUAAAAAUGGGGAAACACAGAAGGGAACAAGAUUUGUGAAUCUUGAUGAUUGAAAGUGGGCUUUUGUUCUUUGACAUGCGUGAGCCUAUGUCAGGUUUGGGGAUAAAUAUUUGACAGUGCUACAAAAAAAAAAGAAUAUCAAGGUUGCUUUAGGCCUAGAACUCUGUAGGAUGACACAUUUUAUUGUGUUCAUCCUAUCGUUUGAGGUUCCUACAACAGCGGUUAAGGGAGCACUCCAAACACUGGAACCACUACAACCUGGUGUAGUAGUUAUGGUGCCAAAAGUGCCGUGACUACCUCUAAGAAAAAGUAGUCAAACUGUCUGCAAAUGGUUUGAUAACUUCUCUUGGGGAUGCCUGUCACCUCGUCUUCUGCUGAUGAAACUGAAGUAACAUUAGUCAAGCACAGCAUGGCAGAACUUUAGAUCGGUGGAAUUAACAGAAGCUAAUAGCAGGAGCUUCCAGCUCCAGAAGAGGCUGUGAGUUGCACCUGACAGACCAGACCACAGGUAAGUCCUCAAACUGUUCACAAGAAGCUUGGCUACUUGUCGUGGGAAAGGUGCCAGGGGCACUGCAGUCACCAUAAUCACUGCAGCAGGCUAUAGUGGUUAUGGUGCUUGAGGUAUUCCACUAAACACAGUUCCUGUUUUUGUAGCAUUGGUAGAAAUACAAGUGGAGUUAUAUAAUGACUAGGAAAAAUUCAGAGUUUAAAGUGAAUUUCAAAUUUAAGGCCAUAGUAGCUGAACUGAAAGCAUACCUGCCUUGGAGAAUAUUUCCAGUUUGGCUAUUUUGACCUUAGAUUUGAAAUGCACUUUGAAUUCUCUCUUUAGUAAAUAUCUGUAUCAUUAUUAUUAGCUUUAUAACUGUUUGAUCCCUUAAAGACCAAGCUUCAGUUUUAUGGCGUUUUUGCUAUGUGUGUGUUUAACUGUAGUUUCCAUCUUUCUCAUUUAUUGUGCAAACACAUAUAUUUGAUGUGACAUAUAAGAUACAAUUUUUCACUUAAUGUUUACAAAAUUAGUGCAGCUUAAUUGCACACUUUAGUGUUAGGAAUGCAAAACUAAAGUUUUUCUCUGCCUUCCCAUUACUUGCGCCCUCCCCCACCUGCAAAUAAAAGUUUAACAAAACCAUUUUACACUCGCCAAGCGGGAACUUGAUGUGCAGUGAGUGCCACUCACACAUUAGACCUUCACCAUAGGAGAGCAUUGAUUCAAUGCUUUCCUAUGGGGGAUUUGAAGAUGCUGGAUGUCCUUCUACAAAGUAAUCCUCAUCCAGCAGUCAAACUUCGUGAAACAGCAGGAUGUUUUAGAUUGCAGAGUUAAGGGGACAGGGACAUGGCAGUCAGACCACUUCAAUGAGAUGAAGGGGUGUGGGUGCCUAUAGUGUCACUUUAAGAAAAGUAAUUUUAAAAAUAAUUCAUUUAUUUGUUCUGAUUUACAGAGUACAUCAUAUGUCUAGGAUUUCAGUUUAUUAUUGGUAGUCUCUUGUCAGGAAAUAUAAGGAGCGAAAUACAAUUUCAAUGUGGAACAAGUUUAGAAUUUGUCAUUUUUGCCUUAUAAAUUCACAGAAAUCAAAAUUGUCACACAAAAGUAUUUUUAGAAAUGCAUCACAGGAUAUUUACCGAGGCUUAUUUUGACAUGUUUCAAUCCUGUGCAAUACCCCAAAUUGUGUUCAGAUACCUUUACAGAGGACAACAAUACCCCAAGUAUGCUUUUGUCACUAUACUGUAAAGUUACAGUGCCAUGUAAAAGACCAGACAAUAUUCAUUUACAAUUAGAAUUUUGAAAGGUGAAUUUGAUGCGUUUUGUGUUACAAUUUGGGGCUUUGUAGCAGUUUGACUGUUCAAAUUACAUCGAAAGGAAUACCAUUUGUGAAAGUGCACACUCCAUGGUAUGUCAUAUGGUGUAUAUUGUGCCUUAUUAUGCCACCACUUUUUCACCAGUUUUUCAGCAGAGGGAUUCCUUGCUGGUCCUAAUCCUAAUACAAAUCCUAAACCUAACCGUAGCCCUAAUCCUAGCAAUAGUGUUGAUUUCAUCAGCCUUGCUCGCAUCAGCGCUCUGCACUUUAUAAUUGUACCAUGAAAGGGACCCCUCACAUGCUGCAAGUAUAAAACCGCAACAGUCACACAUCACAAGGACCGGGUUCAGCCACAGUAACUUAAAGGGCUGUAUGCAGUUCUCACUUUGACAGAAGUGUUCUUAAAGGAACACUAUAGUGUUAGGAAUACAAAACUGCUUUCCCAUGGGGAUUUGGAGCAGCAUGACGAUGUCCAGCGUCGUUUCACGGAGUUAAAUUGAGUGAAACUGCAGCAAGCACCUCUAGUGGCUGUCUGAGAGACCGCCACUAGUGGCAGUCGUAACCCUGCAAUGUAAGCAUUCUGUAAAACUGCAAUGUUUUAGAUUGCAUGGUUAAGGGGACAGGGACACUGCACCUAGACCAGUUCAAGGACAUGAAGUGCUCUGGGUGAGUAUCUUUAGGGGGAUAAAUAAUGUAGACAGAAUGGUUGGUUGAAACAGGCAAUGCAAAUAGAAAGAAAUAAUUUUGGUUUCAGUAAAUUUGAAUCUGAUAGGCGUUAUUUUGUAAUGCACUCUUUCUAUUUUCCUCCACAGUAACUGUAACAUACCCAUUGGAAAAAGGUAAGUGAUUGCUAUAUGUAAUAUAUAUAUAUAUAUAUAUAUAUAUAUAUAUUUAUUUUAAUUAAUGUAAUUCAUGCGUGCGUUAAAUGUAGGACAACCAUAUUCCUUUUCAAAGGCAAAGUUAUUUGUAAGACGCUUGGAUAUCAGCUUGACUAAUUUUUUCAAAAUACAAACAGUUUUCUCCCCCAAACGAAUCGUGUCUGCUUUCAGUCUUGAAAACGGGCAGUGGUUCAACCAGUGACAUCAUCAGGUAUGUCUGUAUUGCUGUCUUUUUUUUUUUUUUUUACUAAAUAAAUUGAUUAUACUGAUAUGGAGAGAAAACAGGUCUCUGCCUCUAAAGGAAUAGUCAGAGAUUCUCAGGUAAAGAUGCAGUCUGAUGAACUAGUUCCUCUGUAGACUACAUAAUGUAUGGCCCAUGAUCACUCCCAGCCUAUCAUUUAUGGUCUACUUUUGAUCAUAUGCCAUCGGUUUAUAAAUACAGAGUGCUUAUGCCAUAACACAAAAUACAUUUUUGUAAGAUUGGUAAUUUAUGGGUAUUUGUUGUCUUUGGGAGCUAGGAAUACAUGGGACGCAAAUUUGGCCCUUCGUGUAAACCUGAAUGGUAAAGCUACAAAGACACAACAUUUUACAAUUUUUAUCAUACUUAUUUACAGUGUCUGUAUGUUUUAAAGAUUUCAUAUUCUAAUCAUGUGCUGCUCCCAGGGUAAAACGGUAUAGGAGCCAGUAGGCACUCUGUGAGGGAAAGUCAUUGGAAUGUUUAUUUGGCACAUUUGCCAAUAAAGUUGUCUUUGCUUGUCUUAGACUAGUGUCUUGUUAAUUAUCUUGAUUUUUUUGUUUUUUUUAUUUUAUUUUUUUUCUUUCCAUAGUUAUAUACCUUAUCAUUUUCCAUGCUGUUUUUCUGAUCUUUAUUUGGACAUACUGGAAAGCAGUUUUUACUCCCCCAAAGCAACCAAGUAAAAAGGUAAGAAGCCUUUUGUGAAAGAUAGAGUUGUGUCUCAAAGUAUAUGAUAGUUUCCAUGAUGGCGUCGUGCCCAAAACAGUUUUGUGAAAGAACAUUCUGUAGACUUAAAGCUCUCCCACCUUUUGGGGUCUUUGCAUAUUUUGCAAGGAUCUCCAAUGAUUACACAGGCGCAUGGUGUGUGGUUGCCCGGGGGUGCGGCAUAGGUGAGGUAUAAAUGUAUAAUGCUGCCCCUGCGAGUGCCGCCAUCUCCUUUCUUCAGCUACAGGCUCUUUAUCCUCCAGGAGCCCCCAUCAGUGCUCUAUUUUCGUGCAACACUGAUGUCUGUGUCCUACAAGAUAACCGGAAACUCCAUAGAUAUUGUCUCAUGGCAGCGAGACCAUGUCCAUUUCCCACUGCCGUCACUAUGGGGGAAUAAAACUUUGAUGGUGAUAGCUCUGCCUUUUGUCAAGUGGAGGAAAAAUACAUCAAAGUACCUUUUUUUUAUUUUUUAUUUUUAUUUUUUUAUUUUUUUUUAUAUAAUGAUCUCUUUUGAAUGUAUUAGAACUUAAGUGAAAUUCCAACAAAGUCAAUGUGAAUAUGUCAUAAAGAGUUUCUCUAUGUAAUACUCACAAUGUGGGGUGGGAUUGUCCCUUUGACAACAUUAAUAAAACACUGAAAUUCACCUAUAACUUAUGACAUGUUAAGUUUUCUUUUACAUUUAUAUUAAAACAUUUUCAGAUGACAUCGUAACCCAGUUCAGACAGGGCAACGAAAGGACAAACAUUGCAAAUGAAGAGAAAAUUAGAACCAUUAUGUAAUUUCUCCUUUCUCUGUGCUGACGGCACUUAUAACAAUUAUUGGCAGGGAGCUAAUGUGGAUUUCUACAUUUAAUUUUAUUUUUCACACCUCACAAAUACAUAUUUGUUAAAUACAGGGAUAAGUAAACAUAUUAAUACAAACCCUAGGAAAUGACGGUUCCCCUAUAAACCAAUUAAAGCCAAGUUCUAACACUUCUAAAGUAAACCCCAAACUGUAGUAAACUGAAAAGUAAAUUGUAACGUUUAGGCUUAAAAUAGCCAACCUGGGACUUUAGGAGAGUUGAAGACGUUUUCUAAAUCAACCAAAUGUUGCAAUUUAAAAGUCUAUUUUUGUUUUUCAAAUCAGUCUUCACCCUGUAAAGCAUAGAAAGGUAUGAGCAGUGAUAUAGUAUUUGUUAUAUUGUGUGCUGCUCUGUGAUUCAGAUGGGCCCUGAUCCAAUUCAGGCUUGGUGAUUGUUUGUGACUCUGUAUGUAAUUGUGGUUUCAGUUUUUGCUGUCCUAUGCAGAAAAGGAGCGAUAUGAUAAUGAGGAAAGUCCAGACGCUCAGAAGCAAAUACUGGCGGAGUUUGCAAGGAAAUUGCCAGUUUACACCAGGACUGGGAGUGGAGGUCAGUAUAUCACUUUCCAUUUAUGGGUCUUGGAGGAAAUGUUCCCUUUCCCAGAUCCUACUACAGUCUUUACAGUCCCUCGCAACCUUCACAGACUUGUUUUAAGCAAGAGAAAUAUAACCACAGUCAGAAGUCCAGAUGCAGUAUCUCAUUUGCAGGUUUGAUUCGGGACAAGAUCAACUAUUAUCUCUACCGAGGUCAAUAAAAUGAAAACCAUUAUAGGACCACUAUAGGCACCCAGACCACUUCAGCUUAAUGAAGUGGUCUGGGUGCCAGGUCCUUCUAGGAUUAACCCUGCCUGCUAUAAACAUAGCAGUUUCAGAGAAACUGCUAUGUUUACAUUUGGGUUAAUCCAGCCUCUAAUGGCUGUCUCACUGACAGCCGCUAGAGACGCUUCUCACUGUGAUUUUCACAAUGAGAAGAUGCCAGCGUCCAUAGGAAAGCAGUGUGCCACGCAUGCACAUUCAGCCGAUGACGAGAAGGAGGAGAGUCCAACGCACGGCGCUGAGGUAAAUUUAACCUCUUCCACCCCCUAGAGCCCGGCGGGAGGGGGGCCCUGAGGGUGGGGGGGACCUAAAGACCCUAUAGAGCGAGGAAAAAAGUGUAUGUUUUCCUGGCACUAUAGUGGUCCUUUAACCUGGGUAUUGAGAACAUGUAAACUCCAAGGUAUUUUUUCAAAAUGUCAAACCCUCGAUGUUUUAAAUACUUUAAUAUUAUUUUUACAACAAGGUACAAUAUUUCCACUUGCCCACUUGCCAUUGGCAUAUGAAAAUUCAGCCAUGGUUAGUGUGCAUGGACCCUCCAGCAACAGGUGGCCUUUAUGAAAUAUUCUCGUUGGAGGUUAAACCUGCUAGCUGUAUGGUUUCCUAGAAAAGGGUAGGUCAGCGGUUCCCAAACUGUGUGCCGCAGCGCCCUAGGGCACUGCGAUGUGGACACUGGGGUGCUGCGGAAUGUUUCCACGGUGCUAUGAUUAUAGCACGGGUGAAACAUUACUGCUGAACAGGGGCCCGGUCAGGUGCCACGGUCCUUUUAAGACCAGGACCGGACCCCUGUAAUGUCAGCCGGGUGGAAGGAAAUUACAGCCUGCCCCUUUCUCCCAGCAUCCUGCAGGGAGGCAGCGGGAGAGGAGCACUAAGAGCUCCCGACCCUUCACUCCCACCAGCAGCAGGACUCCAAGCCACCCUCCUGGCACAUAAGGUAAACUGGCAGGAGGGUGGCUGGAGAUAUUUUAAAAAAUCACAAAAUACAGGCACACUCCUGCAAUCUUACUCAAGUAUUACAUACACACACCACUGCAUUCAAACUAAAAAAAAAAAUAUAUAUAUAUAUAUACACACACAAAUACUUCACACAACUGUACAUCCGCAUUUAAAAGUGAACAUUACAUUCAGACACACCCCUGCAAUCAAACGCAAACAUUACACACAAACACACCCUGUAUUAAAACACAAUAACUAUAUACAAGCACCCCAUCAAACACCAACACUGUACAUUACACUAUAGCGCCAGUAAAUGCCACAGCGCUGUACAGAUCUGCAACCUAGAAAUUUUUACUUGGGGUGCCUUGGAAAAAUCCUGAAAUAUUAAGGGCGCCUUGAACCUAAAAAGUCUGGGAACCACUGGGGUAGGACAUUGAUGGCCAACAUUGGCAUGCAAGCUGUAGCGAAGCACGUUUUCCAUGAUGCUUAUUUAGUUAUAAAGCCGGCUGAGCAUUGUGUGAAAUGUAGUUCUGAAUUUUUUGGUGUUUCAAGGCUAGGCAUCACUGAAGUAUGACCAAAGCUAUACAUAUAGCUUGAUGUCCACUAAAUUCUACUACUUGCAAACAUAGCUAUUGUUUUAUUUACUUCUAAAAAAAUUCUAUUUUUUUUGUCUUUUUUUAUUUGUUUGCAUUAUGUUUUAAUAAAGUUUCGAACUCUAUCACUGUGCUCAGUUUGUCCCCACACAGCAGUGCCCAGGUGACAGUCAUUGUACAAAUAAUGGUACAUUCUGUACUGGUCCGGCACUACCAGUAGGUGAACUAGGCAGCUUCCUGGGGUUGCAAUCUAUGAGUCACCAGCAGAAGGGGAGCGACUGCACAUCGCUCCCCCUCCUGUCAGUCAAUUAUUAAAUAUUGUUAGUAUUUUUUAUGGGGUAAUUAAGAGUGGUAUUACAUUAUGUUUAAAGAAAUAAACCGCAAGAAGUUGUUAGAUGAUAAGGUAGCUGAAUGGGAACAGAAAUUAGAGAAAAGGAUACAAAUGAAGCAAUGGUAUCGGAGCAGAAUAGGUAGAAAAGUGCAACAAAGUAUUAAUUAUUCUAUUAUAGCUUUGCAUUGUAACUUCAGUUCGUUUGUGUAAACAUGUCCUUUGGUGAUGAAUAUAUUAGUUUUUUCUCUGUCCAAAAAUAUGCAUUGAAUAAUACUGUAGGCUUGUACAGGUACAAACUGUCUAAAACUUGAAAUACCGGUAGAUACUCCCUGAACAAUAGAACAAGCCUUGUCAAGAUGGUCAGAGUGGUAAAGGUGAAUCAUGUAACAAUUUGAGGGUAAAGGUGACAUUGUUUUGAGUUUGAAUUUUUUUUUUUAAUUAAGCAAAAUUAAAACAAGUAGUCCAAAUUACAGUGUUGAAAAGUAUCUUUGAAAGUUUUAAGGACACCUGUGUUUGCACAGCUAGUUGGAACAAAGCAGCAAAAUAGAUGUCAAUGUAGGCAGUUAAGGUUUUACCAUGGUUUUUUAUUUUUUUAUUUAAACCAUAAGAAGCCAGGUAUUCAGUAAAUUCAAGAUGGACAGAUAAGACAUUUGGACGGCUUGAGGAUUACUGUUCAUGGAGAUAUCACUGCUAAAUGGAUACAUGAGCAAGUAAAUACUCUGCGAGUAAUUCAAUGUAACAAGAGAGCAAGGUUUAAUGUUUCUUUGAAGUAAAUGAACACUGAUCUUAUCUAUUUUAAAAGGUAGGAUAAAGCAAAGCCCAAAUAAAGAAGGUUGCGUGAUUUAGGUUUCAAAGGAAGCAUUACCUUGUGUUACCUUAAUAACUUUGGUUUGAUGAGUUUGGAGUUUCAUUCUCAGAGGAUAAAAAGGUUGCAAGGUACUUUUAAAUAAGUGGGUAUUGAAAAAUGAGUUUAUUGUUUGCAAUUGUGUUCUGCCUCCAUCCUGGUCCCGUGUUUAAUUAAUUAAGACCACAUUAUAAUAUCCGUAUUGAAAUACGACAGACACUCAAUAGUGCAUCCUUUGUGUAGUUGCUUAUUCAGGAGUUUUCAGACAUUUUUAUUUUUUACUUUGCUAUUACUUGGGGAAACAUACCAUUUGCAGUUCAGACUGGUAACAUCAAUGUAGGUAGUCUGUAUCCAAAUUGUCAGAUGGGUAUCCACUACAUAAUAAAGCUCCAUCAGCCCACAGUGUGGAUAUGGCAAUGUUUUGGACCCAAAUUAUUAAUAAAAAAAGAAAGCUAGCUGACUGUAAAUGUAGCAGCUGUCAGGUGGAAAAACUAGAAUUUGUAAAAAAAUUAAAUAAAAAAUGGUUUUUUUUGCCAACGUUACUCUUAUUUUAAUCACAUUGGUAACUUCCAUCAUAGAUGCCUCUAACGUUUGUAAAACUAACCUGCAUGUGUAAGAACCAGAAAGAUUUCCAUAUUAAUCAGUUCUAAUAGACCACAUUCUCUAUAGUACUAUUAAACAUGUCACUCCAUGAACCCUUGGAAAUUCUGUGCUAAUCCUGUCUGUCAUUUGUUUUACAGCUGUACGUUUCUGUGACAGAUGCCAAGUAGUGAAACCUGAUCGUUGCCACCACUGCUCCGUUUGUGGCAUGUAUGUAAUCACCUUGACUUGCUUGUGUAAUGCUCUGUACUUUCGGUGUAACAGGCAUGCCACGCAAUUAAUCCUCCCAUGUUUAACUGAUGUGUGUUCUCUCUCCCAGUGAAAAGUCUGCUCUCGUUUAGCAUGAAAACUUGGAAUUUAAUGAUUAACAAACUAUAAGCCAAUAUUGUUUUUUUUUUUUUCUAUUAUCUGUUGAAAUCAUAAAAGGUUACUUUGUUAGGGAAGUCCUGUUGAUAAUUUUCAUGUACUGAUUUUUGUUUUUUAUUUUUAUACAUUGCAUACAAGUACUGUCUAUCUCUGAUAUUCUAGCAUUAGCAGUUUACAUUAACACUGUUGCAUUGUUACAUAUUCCUGCAAAUAGCCAGUUUGACAAAUCACUUUGUCAGAUAUCAAUGGGGCUAUGCCUGGAGAUAUAAUUGCAUUUGUUUCUGCUUAACCUUUAGCAAAAUCAUGGUGAAUACUUUGUUUCUUGUCACAGGUGUAUCCUAAAGAUGGAUCAUCAUUGUCCAUGGUAAGUGCAGAGUGUAAUAUUCACUGGCAUUUGUCUAACACUUGAGGACAAAAUAAAAGCUGGUAUAACCUUAUGCCCAUGACACAAAAUUGGAAAGUGAAUCUAUCAGGGUAGUGAAGGGGGACAUACUGUCAACAAUUCAUUAUAAGACCAUUAGAAGAACAGGUAAUCAUAUAGUUUAUUAUGGACUACAUUAUUUAUAUUUCCUUACCCAUUCAGUCCAGGACUCUGAAUUCUUAUAAAAUAUUUAUUAGUGACACAAGCAUUUCUGCAUUUCAUAAUUCACACUAGAAAAGGAAGCCACACUUGGAUAAACACUAAUAGGGUGCUCUUCAACAAGGGCUGGCAAUCCCUCAAUAUCAUGUAAUCGGAAGAAAAUGGUGGUCCAGGCACUCCUUCAAUUUAAGCAGCUUUAUUGGACAUCAACCGACAUUGCAGAAUUUUGCCCCACAAAGGGGACUUUGUCAAGUUUGACAAAGGCCCCACUAUGGGCCAAAACGUUGCAAUGUCUGUUCAUGGCCAAUAAAACUGCUUAAAUUGAUGGGGUGCUUGGACCAUUAUUUUCUUCUGACUACAUGCAUUUCAUAAUUAUAAACUGAACAUUAAAGCAUUAAUGUAUUAAAAGAAAUAAAACUUAAUGAAAUUCAGAGUAUGGAAAAAAAAUAAUAAUGUGAUUGUUGUUUGGGUACACAGUCCUACCAAUAUGCAUUUUUUGCUAGUUUUUUUUAUGACUAUUCUUUUUAAAAUACACUAUUACUUUCAUUUUUAUUUCUUAUUAUGUGUUAUUUCUCUGUGUGUACUUGGGAGAAGGCUGAUAUGAAUUACGACUAUGCUUUGUUUUUAUAGUUUGCAUGUGUGCUGUGAGUGUUUGUUUUUAUGAAAACAUGACUUUUUGGGUUUCUUACCCGUAUAUGUGUCAUAUUGGUCUUCAGUUUUGUUCAGCGCAAUAUACCAUUCAUUUUUUUCACAAAAACAUUAUUUGGUAGAUUCUAAUGAGUUUUUUAAUUGAAACCAUUACUUUCCCAGGGUGAACAAUUGUAUUGGAUAUUCAAACUACAAGUUCUUCCUCCUGUUCUUGGCAUAUUCAAUGCUGUAUUGCCUGUACAUUGCUUCUACUGUCUUCAAAUACUUCCUACUCUAUUGGACAGUAAGUAUUUAAUUUCAGCAUUUUGUGUUACCCCCCCUACAUGCAUUAUAUGUGUAAUACAUUAAGAAUAAAUAAAGAAUAUAUCCAUAUAGAUCUUUGUAGGUUCUCUCCCAUGAUGCUGCCUGCCCAUUUUAGCAGAUCAAUGAGGUAUGGGAGUAUUACUAACAAUGCAUUCACAUAAAAAGCACUUAUGUUUGAAAAUCGUAUAUAUGGGUGCUUAUAUUGACUUGUGUCUGUGCUGAGCAAUUAAAGGGACAGUGUUGUCACCAAAUAACAUUAGCUUAAUGAAGCAGUUUUAGUGUAUAGAUCAUGCCUCUGCAGGGUCACUGCUCAAUUCUCUGCCAUUUAGGAGAUAAAUAACUUUUGUUUCUGUCGGUGCAGCCCUAGCCACACCUCCCCUGACUGUGACUCUCACAGCCUGCAUGAAAACCGAAUGGUUUCAUUUUCAAUCAGAUGUUAACUUACUUUAGACGUUUAUCUCCUACUCUUUAAACUAAUCUUUAAUCACAUACAGGAGGCUCCUGCAAGGUCUAGCAAGCUAUUAACUGUGAUGAUAUGAGAAAAUGUAAACAGUAGAUCUUUACAGGAAGUGUUUAGAAUUACUAUGCACAUUACUUAUACCGCAUCCAUCAACCAAUGAACUUACAUAAACGUUCAUAGGGUUCACAUCACUGACAAUAGCCAUUUAUAUUUCUUAUUGUAUCCACAUAACACAAUGCAGCCACAGGUCACUCUUCUGGCACCAAUAUCUCACUGCACUGGUUAUUCACCAUAAUGGCAUUCCCCUCACAGACAGUACCCACACGGUACCUAUCAUCCACCCAACUAGUACCUGCAUCACAAGCUUUCACCCAUCAGUCACUCCAGUGGAAUCCAUCAUCCUCCUCACUUCACACAUAGAACUCUGAAAUCACAUGAAUCUCACACAAAACAUCCACAUUGCAUACAGUUCCUGCAUCUCAAAAACUGCACUUACGCUUUCUGAAUAGCUACACAUGACAUUGAAAUUGAAAUCACACUCAGUGCUGCUUUGGCAUCCACAUGCAUCUUCUCAGUAAAUGUAUCUUACUAAUAUAUACUAGUUAUUUAAGAAGAAGAAAAAUAUGUGAAAGAAUUGCAAUAGAGCACAAUCCGUCCACAGUGGCAUCUAAAAUAUUAAGUGUGUCACUUGGCAAGAGACUGCUUUAUGUCAGUUUUAGUGAUGUCCCGAACAGUUUGCGAACGAUUCGCGCCGGUUUGCCGCGAACGGUUCGACGCGGACUCCAGUCAGCAUACACAUUCCAACCAAUCAGCAGCAGACCCUCCCACCUCCUGGACAGCAUCCAUUUUGAAGCUGCAUUCUUAGUGAGCUGUCCAGGAGGUGGGAGGGUCUGCUGCUGAUUGGCUGGAAUGUGUCUGCUGACUGGAGUCCGUGGCGAACCGUUCGGGACAUCACUAGUCAGUUUAUUUGUAAAGUUUAGUUUUAUUUGCUUUUUAACAAGCUAGGUAGAGCAGUGCUCAACCUACCUAUUGCAUGUGAGUCCUGCCUGCUACCUGUAUUGCAGUCAUACUUCACAGGAGGGCAGAGGAGUGGCAGAAACUAGCACCGUUUAAACAAUAGUUAAAAAGCUCUGUAAAGAGCAGGAUGUGACACUCUAGACCAGUCAUCUCCAAAUCCAACUGCAGAUGUUGCUAAACUGCAAUCCCUAUGCUCCUCUAGACAUCUGUUGCAUUCACAGAAUUCUGGGAGUUGUAUGCCAUCAACAUCUGAGACCAGAGUUUGAGAUCAGUGGUAUAGAUGUAAAAUAAAAAAAAUUCUUUAGAGGCAGAAGACACAGCUGCUGGCAGCCAUUAACAGAUUGUUUUCGGGACAGCUGACCACUUUAGGCUGCAUUAGAUGACUCUGAACACUGUGGUAUUUUGAGCUGCAUUUAGUGGUUCAUAUUUUGUUGGAAUUUUAAAGAAAAUCUGAAUAAUUUAGGUUUUGCUGCACAAUUUAGUUUAGCAUUAAUAUGGAUUGAUGUUGUCCUGGUUCCUGAAGUGUCCCUUUAGCCUAAAAGUUUUUGCAGUCUGUGGAAUGUUUGCUGUCCAGUCCUCAUAGGAAAUCUUUAGAACAUUUGUGUUGCAAGCAUGUCCAAGACAUUGACGUUUAUAGCCCAUUACAGAACAAUGCUCCUCUCCUUCCAGUAUUUUCCAAGCUAUGUGAUUAUACAUGAUGAUACAUUAAUGGCGAUCAAUACACUUUUAUACUAAUAGAUUAAAGCAGUGAAAAACUAAAUUGUACAUUUAUUUACAAUGAGUUUAUGGAUCAUGAGCAAUUUGUGCAGCAACAUUGUUAAGAGGGAUAUAAUCAACUUGGAAACUAAUGAAUUGACCAACCUGAUUGCAGCACUUGUACAACUUUACCCCAGAUUUUCCCUUUGUAAAGGUUCCCCUGGAUUGUUUUUUCCUUACUGCUUCUAAUAUUCCAGUUUUAAAAAAAAAAAAAAAAGAAAACUAAACUUUUUAGCACCGUUGAUGAGUUGUUGUUUUUUUUGUUUUGUUUUUUUUUCUUUUCUUCUUCUUUGCCACAGGAUGAGUUAUCCAAUGGACGAGCCAAAUUCCAUGUCCUUUUCUUACUCUUCGUAUCGCUCAUGUUCUUCAUAAGCCUUAUGUUCCUCUUUGGCUAUCAUUGCUGGCUGGUUGGUAUGAACAGAACCACCCUGGGUAAGUUGUUGUUUAACUUGUGUACUUAGAUGAAAUUCAAUCUUUAUGAGAGAGCGAUCAUAAGGUUCCUUACUUAAAGCAUAUAUUGUUUACUGUUAAUGUAGACUCUUAUGACACUGAUAUAGUCUAAUGACGGUUAUAUUUUCUUCUACAUAAAUAUAGUUGUGUUUACAAAUAAUAUGAACAAUGGGCAAAUGAGCUCAUUUUAAAACUGAAGAAUAGGUCUCCAAAUGAAUACCACGUGCAUCAUUUGGGUCCAUGUUAUAAAAAAGACCACUAUCCAGAAUACACCACUGGUGGACUAUAUUUCAUCAUUGCCCUAAAGUAUGUAAGAAUUGUAUUUGGCUGCUUUUAGUGUAUUACUUAAAGGGGCACUACAGGCUUACCGUAAACCUUAUUUUAUAAUAUGUGUUGUUUAAAAAAUGAAAAAGAAAAAUAGGAAAACUUUUUGCAAAAACACUUGCUUUGCAUGCAGGUUCUCCCCAUUAUAGUACUCACAUCUACAGAAAAUGCCUAAAUAUUUUUGGACAAUCAAUAUAAAUGAAUGAGUACUGUAGUGCUAAGCUUGGUCACAAUGCUAGCAACAUCACUUGUGUUACAAUUGCCUUUUACAAUUACCUAUGGAAAGCACAAAGGCAAGGGAAAAAUAUGUUACAAGUGCUUCACCUGACUGUUUCCAAUUGCCUACAGAAAUAGGUGUACUUCUGGGAAUAGGAGGUAAAUUCUAUUAUUCGUAUUGUGCAAAAAAUAGGAUACCUUCUAGCAUGCCUGUUAAGAAAGUUAAUAUAUCUUGGCUUAGAUACUUUAAUAUAAAGAUGAGCACGUUUAUUUUCUUAUGUGCUUCAAACCUGUCCUUAAAUACCAAUAUGUGACCUUCAGGGAGCCUAGAACUUCCCAGCUCCAUUCCUUUCCUCUGAAUCGGUUUCAUGCUUUAUGCUUCGCUCUUCAAAGUAUUAGAAAUGGUUUACUGUGCUGCUGUGUUCUGCCUGCAGUGCAGGAAGCUGCUGCAUAAAUAAAUCUGCAACCCUUUCUGCAGAAAAAUUAUUUAAAUGCUCUUCCUUCCUCUGAAGUUCUCGGAUCAAGUAGUGUCCAGCUCCACAGUUCAGCCCUGGAUAUUUCGGCACUAGCAAACACUGCUUUCUCUGAUCCUUAUUAAAACACCUGGGAAACAUAGCACCAUAACCUCUCAGCAGCUAAUGUUGUAAUGAGAAGCUGUUUUGGCAACACACACUAGCUGCACAAACCCCCUAAGUAAUUUUCAUCCUUUAAUUAUCCAAUUAGUUGCUUUAUACGUACAACGUGUGCUAACAUAAUGCCAGUGUUGCACUGCAUACAAAGUGCUGUGUUUAGUCGGUUUAGAAGCUUAGUUUUUUGUUUUGUUUUGUUUUUUGUUUUUGUUUUUUAAAUGCAGUCGUAUCAUCAUCUUAGAAUUUCUAUGUGGCGUGUGAUGUAUUUUUCUAUUUUAAAAUUAACCUGUCCUGUCAAGUUCUCUUUAACUGCUAUCGCCUACUUAAAGAAUGAGAACAAUUUAUCCUAGAUUUAAAUCAUGUAUUUCAUAGCUUUUAAGUUAUUAAACAACAAUGUACCUAAUGUUCUGCAUUGAAUGCCAUCAUGGAACAGUCAUGGUUAUAAUACCUAAACUUUUCCAUGUCAUUUGCGCUGCCUAGGAAUUCUAUACUGUAACUUAUGAGAAAAGAGAAAUUAAUAGACACACCUACAUAAUAACAGCGUUUUUUUUUUUUGCAAACAUUACUCUAGCUUAUGGCAGACAGACCAGGGCAUCUAUGUUCUGGCUCUGUCCUGAGAUUAGGGAUCCUGUACUGUGUGCUGUGUCUUACAGGGAAUGGUGCAUAAGUUAUUUCAAAGUGAACUUAAAAGGAAAGGCUAAAGUAGCCCAACUAGACUAAAUUGUCCUAGUCAGUUAGGCUUCUUGUUUGGCUACUUGGACCUUACAUUUUAAAUUCAGUUUAAAUUCCCAACAAUUAUUACUUUAGUAAAUAUUUAUGUAAAAGUCUUGAUAAAGACUUAUAAAUAAGGGAACACUGUGACUCCAGUUACUUGAUUAUAAGUUUACAAUUAUUGAUAAUACUUUGAGUGUCCAGCUGUAACAGAUUUUGUUACAUAUUAUUGCUUUUGCAUAAAGGACAGCCCACGGAAAAAGCACUACUACACUAACCAAACUACAGUGCUCGUAAUUUUUCGAAGUGAAGAAGUAUGAUGUCUACACAUAUUCAGUCAUUUGGUUUUGCAGAAUAUCUCCUGUUUUGGCUCAUGAGAGUUCAUUUAAAUUCCUUCUUUUGUACUAUAUUUAGAAGCGUUUGCAGUCCCAGUUUUUCAGAGUGGUCCUGACAAAAAUGGCUUCAACCUUGGUGUCCAGAGGAACAUUACACAGGUUUUUGGAAAGCAUUGGAGAUUGUGGUUCAUUCCAGUGUUCACAAGGUAAGUGUCUGUUAGAACUGUGUGUAAUCUGCUAUGUUAUUUGAUAAGCCUGUGGCUGUGGAAAAAAAAUCCUAAUGAAAUAAAAUACCUAAUUACGCUCUUAAAUGUUUUUGCAUACCAUUAUAAAUUCCUUUUUAAAACAUGUAACCUAACACUAUAGUGAUAAACUAAUAUUUUAAAGGAUCACUAUAGGGUCAGGAACACAAACAUGUAUUACUGACCCUAUAGUGUUAACACCACCAUCUAGCCACCUGGGCCCCUCAUGCCUCCAUAAAUAUAGCAAAAUCUUACUCUAUUAAAGCCUGAAGCUGUAAAUCUGCAUGCUGUUAGACUCAGAAAAACAAGCAGUCUGCUGACAUGUGGUAGCCUGAUCCAAUCACAGUGCUUCUCCAUAGGAUUGGCUGAGACUGACAAAGAGGCAGAUCAGGGGCAGAGCCAGCAUGAUUCAAACACAGCCCUGGCCAAUCAGCAUCUCCUCAUAUAGAUGAAUUGAAUCAAUGAAUCUCUAUAAGGAAAGUUCAGUGUCUGAAUGCAGAGGGAGCAGAUACUUAAUCAUAGGAUGCUGUGCACAGUGCUGCCCUGUGCUCUGCUGACAGCAGAUCUGAGUAGAUGGAGGCAUAUUAUGCCUCCAUCAACUCUGAAGUCCCUCUGGUUCUCGGAAAAUACAAUGUUUACAUGAGAAAGGCUGCAGGGAGCUAUAGUUCUCACCUGAACAACCUCAUUAAGCUGAAGUUGUUCAGAUGACUAUAGUGUCCCUUUAAGUUAUUGGUCUCCCUCAGAUUGCAUUGAAAAGGAGGUUUUGCUUACCUUUUCGCCUUCACCGCAGCUGGCCCCCGCCUCCAUGGCUGAAAUGAUCAAGUUUUAACGAUUUUACAAAAAUCACAUUUACAUGUUGUAACUGUAUAUUACAGCUUUUAUGGGUAUGCUGAUUUAAAUUUACAGCUUUGUUAACCACCCUUUCUGAUCUGAAAUCUCUUCUUCUAUUCCAAGCCUUGGUGAUGGAUUUUCCUUCCCGAUGAGAACGGUUAGUGAAUCUCAAAACCCACUUUUAUCUAGAGAGGACCAUUGGGAUGAAGAGGCAAGUGACGAAGAAAAUCCAGGUACAAUGAUGAAGUAAAACCAUAUGUUCAUGUUCUCAUAUAUAACAGGCUGUCUUUCAGUGAUAAUGAAGCUGACAGAAAACCUUAGUCUAUCAUGACCAUGUCUCUUCCUAUGUUUUAUAGCUUCCUAUGAAUCGUCAGACAUUACCAUUCAGAUAGAUAAAUAA